AUGGACUCCGUUUCGGACCCACCCUUUCACGAAGCAUACAAGAUCCUAUUUGACAAGACCCGAAACACCAUUCAAGAGAAUAAUGGUUUCGACAGCGAUGUCGUGGUGGCCGCCGAGGAAUGCGAGCUUCCGGUCAUCGAUCUCAGCCUCUUAGAGGACCGUGACGAGACUUUGAGGGAAGAGUGCAAGUCCCACAUCGCUAGGGCUUCACAGGAGUGGGGUUUCUUCCAGGUGGUGAACCAUGGUAUUUGCAGUCAUAUUUUCAGCAGGUUAAGGUGUGAGCAAGAGAAAGUGUUCAGACAACCCUUUGAAAAGAAGAGCAAAGAGGAGAAGUUCUUGAACUUCUCCGCCGGAAGCUACCGUUGGGGAGCACCCACUGCCACCUGCAUCAGACAGUUAUCUUGGUCCGAAGCCUUUCAUAUUCCUCUUUCUGAUAUACUAGGAUCAUCUGGAUCAAACUCUCUCAGUUGGAGAAUUGAAGAGUUUGCGACAAGAGUUUCGAGGCUUGCAGAAACAUUAGCCGACAUACUGGCGGAGAAAAUGGGUGAGAAGUCAAGGUUCUUUAAGGAGAAUUGUUUGCCCAACACGUGCUAUCUCCGACUGAAUCGAUAUCCUCCGUGCCCUACUGCUUUUGGGAUUCACGGUCUGAUGCCACACACGGAUAGUGACUUUCUGACCAUACUGUAUCAGGAUGAGGUUGGGGGUUUGCAAUUGGUGAAAGACAAGAAAUGGAUCGCUGUUAAACCAAACCCCGAUGCCCUUAUAAUCAACAUUGGCGACUUGUUCCAGGCAUGGAGCAACGGUGUGUACAAGAGCGUUGAGCAUCGAGUGAUGACCAACCCGAAACUGGAGAGGUUCUCUAUGGCGUAUUUCUUGUGCCCUUCAAAUGACACUGUGAUAGAGAGUUGCAGAGAGCCAUGUAUUUACAGGAAAUUCAGCUUUCGUGAGUACAGGAAACAAGUUCGGGAUGAUGUUCAGAAGUUGGGUUCCAAAAUAGGUCUGCCUAGGUUUCUUGCACAUUAAGAAUGUUUAUGAAAGAGAGAGGUUUAAACAUCGUAGCUGGUUUCGGUCUGCAUGUUUGAUGCUGUCUCAUUGUGUCUGCUGUGAUUUAUGUAUAUACCAUUUCCAUU